CUCUCUCUCGCUACUAGCUUGCUUACAGUCCAGCCUGCAACAAGCAAAUUGGAGACGAUGAAGUUCUUCAAAAUCUCCAUUUCUCAAUUCUCUCUCUAGAUUAUCGUCUUCUGAUUCUCUUCUCAUAACCUCAAUCCACUUCAAGAUCCAUCCAUCCAACCGGCCAGCCAGCCCUAGAUUUCAGAAAUCUCUCGUCGCAGCUAUGGAACGGCAUGUCAUCCUCCUCGCGUUCUUCUCCUUCUCCUUCCUGCUUCUCAACUUCCAAGCUCACGCUGCUCCUGCCGGUCCUCUUGUAAAACAUCUAUCAUCGCUUCUGAAAUGGACGAGGUCUUCCACUAAAACACCUCAAUCAGAUGUGAACGUUGUUCAAUUCGAGGAUGGAUACUUAGUUGAAACAGUUGUGGAGGGAAAUGCACUUGGAGUUGUUCCAUAUGUUAUUCGAGUCUCUCAAGACGGUGAACUCUUCGCUGUUGAUGAAGUUAACAGCAAUGUUGUUAGGAUUACUCCGCCAUUAUCUCAAUAUAGUAGGGGAAGAUUAGUGGCGGGAUCAUUUCAGGGUCAUACAGGACAUAUAGAUGGAAAACCUAGUGAUGCUCGUUUUAAUCAUCCACGAGGUGUAACCAUGGAUGAUAAUGGAAAUGUAUAUGUUGCUGAUACUGCAAAUCUUGCAAUUCGAAAAAUUGGAGAAGCAGGCGUGACGACAAUUGCUGGUGGGAAAUCAAAUGUGGCUGGGUAUAGAGAUGGGCCGAGUGAGGAUGCCCAGUUUUCAAAUGAUUUUGAUCUAGUUUAUGUCCAGUCUACUUGUUCAUUGUUGGUUAUUGAUAGAGGAAAUGCUGCUCUUCGACAAAUCAGUCUUAAUCAAGAGGAUUGUGAUUUCCAAUACAAUUCGAUUUCCCCUUCAGAUAUUUUCAUGGUUAUUGGCGCUGUCUUGAUCGGAUACGCAUCGUGCAUCCUUCAACUGGGCUUUGGACAUUCUCUCCCAAAAUCAAAACAUCAUAUCGAGGCAGAAUCUGAAUCAGACAGACACAUAAAAGAGGAGAAACAAUACCCUCCCCGCCCCAUUGUAGAAAACACGAAAGUGGAAGAGGAGCAAGAAGCCCCAUGGCCAUCCUUAGGACAGCUCAUCAUUGAUCUAUCCAAACUCGCGGUUGAAGCAACAAGCGGUCUAAUUCUUUACCUAAAUCCAUUCAAAACAAUGCGAAAGAUUAACCUUAAACCAAAAGGACUCACCCCUCUAAAAGACCACCUCAUAAUGCCAGAAGAUCAAGUAGCUCAAAAGCAGAAGACACCAAUUCCUCUAGCUGAAACCCGGAAAGCAGAUCCUAAUUCAGAACCAACAAAACCUCACAAGCUUAGAUCUUCGAGUUUCCGCGAUCCUUCUUUGUCAAGCAAGCACAGGUCUAAACGUCAAGAAUAUGCAGAUUUAUAUGGGUCGAAUGAGGUUCCUUCCAGAUCUAAGAGCCAGAAGGAAAGAACAAAGCACAGGCAACGUGAGAAAAGUGGAGACACGGUUUUGGGUACUGGUGUUGGGGGGAUAGAUUCGAACCGAGUUGAUAGCAAACCGAAUCAUAUGAACUAUGAAGAGGCUAAAUUUGAACAUUUCAAUACGAGGAGCAAGUUUGGCGAGUCGUAUAGGUUCUAGAGAAGGCUAUAAUUGUUGGUUUUCUUAGCUCUAUGACUGAUUUUUAGGCUUGUAAAAGAAAAUGUAGGAUGGGUUUUAUUUGUGGAAAUAUAUUUCCUGAUUUUUAUCUCUAA